AAGAUGCUCUCAAGAAACAAGAGCGACUCCCACCAAGGUGAGGAUGGUGGUGAGACUAGAGUGAGCGUAGUAGGAGGGAGGUGCGUGAGACAUCAUCCAUCGGAAGGCCUUCGCAUUCUCAUACACCACAAGGAGCAAGCAACCAAUGUUGUGAUCAAAGCCAAGAUGAUGAUGAUGAUGACACGCAAGCUUGUGUCUCAGGCUUGCCAUCUUCCCAAGGGUUUGCCGGAGUUUGACUUCCUCAAGAGCUGCUUCCUGUGUAGAAGAGAGCUAAGCCCUUGCAAGGAUGUUUACAUGUACAGGGGAGAUCAAGGAUUUUGUAGCAAAGAGUGUCGAUCUCGCCAAAUUCUUCUUGAUGAGAGGAGAGAGGGUGAGAGGACAACGGGAGAGCGAUCAAAGAUAUCUCAUCGUCGACGAGCCAUUAGUAGGAUUCAUGGAUCAGAUCGAAAUGGGAGGAUUCUAGCAUUGACCUGAAGACUUGUUUCUGAUAUGAAGAACCCUACAGAAGAUGAGAUGUCAUUGGAUCAGGAAAGAUCACUUUUUUUUUUUUUUUGAGAAAGAAAAGGUUAUAUGUGAUAUAAUCUUUCAUCAGCUUAUGGUUUAGUUGGACAAAUAAUUCUAAUAUGAAAAAGAGUCCAUUUGAAAUAAAAA